CUAUAGCUACCUGUGACGCUAUGGCUAUGAGGAAGCAUUUCUUUCGCGGAGGCACGCACGUACAAGGAAACAUUGUAAUCACGGGUUUUGGAGAUAGCUGAUACCAGUCGAUACAAAAAGAAAUGACAUGAGUCUUUAGAAUAGAAUUAAUUUAAAAGGCAUAUAGUUCUGUAUAAAUAGCCAGUAUACAGGCCAGCUGCGUUCGUUAAGUUGUCAAAGUGAAAGUUGACCAUGUGUACCGUACUGUUCUGACAGUAGGGUGGUAUAUUACGUAUAAGCCACGGUUUAUGCUUGUACAUGCCCUGUUAUGUGAGGAUUAACCGAUGUUUGAUCGAUAUGCUGAGAACUGAUAAUGGAGGUGAUAAAAUUGACGUUGUAUGCAGUGAUAUGCACGUGCUUAGUGUGCAUGGAUCCCCCGGAGGUAACAGCAGGGAAACAUUUGGAAAACCCAAAGUGUCGAACGACAGCAGUUAAGUUCGAAAACACGUGUGAGGUGUGUACACGGCCAGAACAAAACGGAGAAUGUUAUCCUGGAUACAAGUGUUCAGAUGUGGAGGCGGAUAACAACGACUUUGACUGUUACUACACAAGAGUCAGAGGUUGGAAUGAUUACAGCAAGCAGUAUGACAUCACAGCGUUUAAACCAGCCAACAAUUCAACAAGCCCUUUACCGCUUAUCUCUGCUGUCAGUUUGUACCAGAGAAAUCAGACAGACAAACAGGUUGGCUAUCCAGCCUUGAAGGUGAAGGUGAAUGUCCCAUACCUGCUGUAUGGGCCUGGUCAACAGAAUGAAGUUCCCGAGUCGAUGCGGAUUGUGUUUUCGAGUGUUGAGACCAUUGAGUAUAGGGAUACAUAUUACUACAGACAUCCAAUCACACGGCUGUACAGAUUUAGGAACUACACCCCUACAUCGUAUGAUAUGGAGCUACCGAAACAAGUGGUAUUCAAGUGUCUGACCGGUCUGGACAUCUGUGGGAAGGUUCGUGUCUACAACAUCCAGCUGACCACCUAUGCACAUAGCGCUGGCCUGUAUUUAGAACUCAACUUCACUGCCACAGCUUACCUGAAUGAAACAGAUUGGUAUCCAGUGAUAGCAACAGCACUUUUACCGAACAACAGUGUUUAUGUUGUAUUUAGUCCCACAGGAUCCAAAGGUGUCUCAUAUGAGAUUUUUCUGGUAGACGAAAAUGGACAUCAAAAAACUAGUGUUCAGAGUUUUGUUGGAUCUGCUCAGAAGUACAGUUGUGAGUUCAGUAACGUAGAGCCAGGUACAUACCGGGCUAAGCUUUUGGUCAAGCAUACAAAAGGAGAGAAGCCUGUAUUUACGUUCAAAUCAGCAAUCUUCAUAAUUCUGGGAGCAACAAGACCAAGUGUGUCGGUAUCGACCCCUACUACAGACUUCGUCAUUCCUGUCCUUGUGAUUGCAGUUAGUAUUGUGAUAGCCAUCAGUUUGUUGAUUCUACUUUAUUGGCAGAGGAAUAAUAGGGACAUCUUCAAGUUUUUCUGCUCAUUGCCAAUCAAUCACCAGGAGCGUAAGAAAAAGUCAUUUCUACUGUAUAUGAGGGAAGCUGAGAGGUUUGUGCCCUGCAUAACAUGUUUCCUCAACGACAAACUGUCUUCCAUGGAGGUCUUGUAUGACAAAGAUUGGGAGAAAGAUCAGACUCCUCCAUUUGACUUGUUUCAGGUGAAGGUGAAACAGUGCUCACAUUUGUUGGUCCUGUGGUCUCCAUCUGCUUCAGACUGCAUGUCCAAUCGCAGUACCCUUAGUAGCAUAGAGAUUAACCCCCAGUGCACUGUCCAAGACUACUUCAAGGAGGCUAUUACCUUCUCCAAAGAUUUAAGUACUAAAGGGAAUUUGAAAAUUGUGGUGUUAUACAUUCCCGGGUAUGCGGAUAUGGGAACAGUAUCGAAAAACAUUGGGGAACAUAGAAAGUUUGACUUAACUCUCCAUUGUAAACAACUUUGUAAAUAUCUUACUGGCGACAAGUCUGAGCUCAAUGCAGUAAAUGAAAAUGCUCUGCAGCAGCAGAUUGAAAAAAUGAUGAACCAGUACCAACAGGAGGAUAAAGUUGAAGUUAUUAAUGGAGACGAAAAAGUAGAAGAAAAGAAGAAAAAUGAUCAUGAAUGCCCUGUGCAUCCGUAUAUCCGACCCCCCAAUAUCCCAGUGUCUCCACCCGUCAAUAGAAACAUAUUCAAUGACCAAAGCCAGCAGGACGGUAGUCUCCCUUGCCCCAUCCACACACGAACAGAAUGGGUACCGCCUUCACACAUUCCAACAUACAACGAAUACCUUUCCAACAAGCAAAAUAACGGUCACAAUGAAUACCAUCCCCACUCACCAACAGACAAUGGAUACCGCCCCCUCAUGCAAAAUGACAGUCACAAUGAAUACCAUCUCCACUCACCAACAGACAAUGGAUACCAUGCCCAGUCACCAACAGGCAAUGGAUACCAUCCCCACUCACCAACAGACAAUGGAUACCAUCCCCACUCACCAACAGGCAAUGGAUACCAUGCCCAGUCACCAACAGGCAAUGAAUACCACCCCCUCAUGCAAAAUGACAGUCACAAUGAAUACCAUCCCCAGUCACCCACAGGCAAUGGAUACCAUCCCCACUCACCCACAGGCAAUGGAUAUCAUGCCCACUCACCCACAGACAAUGGAUACCAUCCCCACUCACCAACAGGCAAUGGAUACCAUGCCCAGUCACCAACAGGCAAUGAAUACCACCCCCUCAUGCAAAAUGACAGUCACAAUGAAUACCAUCCCCAGUCACCCACAGGCAAUGGAUACCAUCCCCACUCACCAACAGACAAUGAAUACCAUCCCCACUCACCCACAGACAAUGGAUACCAUGCCCACUCACCCACAGACAAUGAAUACCAUCCCCACUCACCCACAGACAAUGAAUACCAUCCCCACUCACCAAUAGGCAAUGGAUACCAUGCCCAGUCACCAACAGGCAAUGAAUACCAUCCCCACUCACCAACAGGCAAUGAAUACCAUCCAAUCACAGAAGACAACAUGACCUCGAAUCCCUCGUCAACGGAACCAUUAUUGAACUCGGAUCAAGGCUACGAAAGCAAUAUGGACAAUCUACAACAUAGAUUCUUUGAUUUGUGUUCGUCUGAUACCAAUACAAAACCAGAAUGCAAGGUACAAGUUAAUAUUCUAUAACCUUUGAUACUUAAGAGCCAAGGGGUGUGACCUAACAAUGUAAAACUGAUUGAUUAGUUGUGUCCGACCUUAAUAUAAAUUAGGCAUGCUUGGCAUAGCAUACCAGACCCAGGAAAAAACGGCCAGACUGCAAAGGUUUCAUUGAAAUUUUCUACUGAAUUGUAUUUUUAUGUUAAAUCCAGGUACGCUAUAUAUUGUCCCCAUUUAGAAAUGCAGAUCUGUGAAGCGUUUUACUGACAUUUAUGAAUAUAGGAUAUGUGAAGUGCUUAUAUGUGCAUGACUGUGUCAAGGGGAUAAAACUGGGUGGGUGGGUUGCCUCUGUUGAACUAUGCUUCUUGUUAGAAUUGAUUAAAGUUUAAGUUUUUUCUUUUUACGAUAAACAAAAUAUUUUAACCCACCUAUAAAUGCAAACCUAAAAUGUUUCGGGUCGGGUUACGUCGAACAGAUACAUUCUUAAUGGGUGGCUUAAACUCCUAAUAUUAUUUUCAGUCAGAUUCAUUAGUUUGGAAAUAAAUGUAAUAUUUAAGUUUUACUUUAUACACAAACAAUCACGUACGUAAUGUAUUAAAAGUGUUGCAACGUUUCAAGAAUGACUCGACUAGGGAUGUCUCCCCUAUCGAUAGAGAGCAUAUACACACUGUAAACUGUAAUUGUCAUAUGUAUAUAUCCUGAGAUUUGAAACGAUUUAGCUUGUUUACACGUUUUUGUGUAGAUUAAAUGUUAAAGAUUGCCUUUUCGCUUAUGAAGCUGAUUCAACAUGGAUUUUGCUGUAUGGAUUAAUUUUAGUAGAUUGCUUCUUCAAAUAAUGCAUAGUUUUAUUUUUAAGUUUUUGACAGUAGAGAAUGUUGAAUUGUAUUAUGUUCAUGUAAAUCUGCAGAUUUUUGUUGUUUAUUUUGUACUGUUUUUGGUCUGAUAUCAUUUUAAAUACUUGAUGUGACUGUGUCAUUUAUUUAUUAUCUGGUGAUGGUGGGAUAUACAAAACACCCAUUGUCCGUUGUGCGUACGUCUGUCACUCUGUAUGUCCGUUACUUAAACAAUUCUUGUUAGCGCUGUUUCUCAGAAAGCACUGGAGGUGUCUUUCCAAAUUUCACAACAAUACUCCCAUUGGAUCAUGUGUGAUUAUGCACACCAAAUUUUUGGACUGAUUGGAAAACCAUAAUUGAUGACAGGGAGUCAUCUUAAGUUUUUAGAGUUAAAAGUUUGUGAGUGCUAUUUCACAGAAUAUACUGGAGGGAUCCUCAUGGUCUCUAGAUAUGCAUACGAAAUCUUUGGACUGAUUGGGGAACCAAAAUGGCCAACAGGUGGCAAAGAGGUAAAGUGUCCUUGCGCUAUGUCUCAGAAAGUAUUGGAGGGUUCUUACUUUAAUUUGCAUGAAGGUUCCCAAUGGUCCCAGGUUAUGCAUUUCAAAGUCUGUGACUAAUGGGUAAACCAGGAUGGCCAACAGGUGGCCAUCUUUCAUUUUGACGGUUAAUAGUUUUUCUUUAUAUCUCAGAUAAUACUGGAGGAAUCCUUCUAAGAACUGAUAUGUAGGUUCUCCGUGGUCCCUAGUUGCGCAUAUUUACUUUUUAGGUUAUGUGGACAACAAAAUGGCCAACAGGUGGCCGUCUUGGUUUUGACUAUUUAGGUUUGUUAUUGCUAUUUCUCAGAAAGUACUCAAAUUGUGUAUUUAUGUUCCACUUGCUCCCCUUGUUUAUAAAACCUCUUGCCCUAAUUAGAGUUCAUCCCUCAUUUACAGCACUUCUAAUCAUGUAAGAAUUCAUUUUUUUUAGCAUUUUGAAUAUAGUUUUGCAAUUGUGAUGCAAUAACAUUUGUCAUAGUGGCAAAUAACAUUUAUCAUGAUGACAAAUAACAUUUAUCAUAGUGGCAAAUAACAUUUAUCAUAGUGACAAAUAACAU